UACCGGAAGCAAAAAAGAACCUCAGCACAGGACAGCCUGUGGCCCAGCGAACAUUUCUUAAUUGUGAUCUAGUAGGUCUUUUUCGUCUCGGGAAAGUGACCGGAGGAGGACUAUCCGAGUCUCAUGCUUCUGGGCUUCAUUCGGGAUAUAAAUGUUGACUUCUAACGCGCGUGUCCUCCACCACGAAUGCGCGUCGGCUUCGGUGCUCCAGAAGACCCGCUAACGCAAGGCGGUGUCGGUGCGCCGCUCUCUCCGUCCUCCGGUCGACUGAGUCGGUGGCACGACGUCGGUGUGCCUCAAGCUACAAAAGUGAUCAAAUCAAAGGUCUUGAAUGAAAUAGCGAUGGAAAAUUGAGUUCUCAUCAGACCAGAUUGAAGAGUUUAAGGAGGCCUUCAUGCUGUUCGACCAGACUCCCGCGGGCGAGAUGAAGAUCACCUACGCCCAGUGCGGGGACGUCAUCCGGGCCCUGGGUCAGAACCCCACCAACGCUGAGGUCAUGAGGGUUCUAGGAAAACCCAAACCUGAGGAUAUGAACACCAAACUGAUCGACUUCGAGACCUUCCUGCCCAUGCUCCAGCACAUCUCCAAGUCCAAGGACCAGGGCACCAUGGAGGACUUCGUGGAGGGCCUCCGCGUCUUCGACAAGGAGGGCAACGGCACCGUCAUGGGGGCGGAGCUGCGCCACGUGCUCAGCACCCUGGGAGAGAAAAUGGGGGAGAAAGAAGUGGAGCAGCUAUUCGUGGGACAAGAAGACAGCAACGGCUUCAUCAACUAUGAAGCUUUCGUCAAGCACAUCAUGUCCGGCUGAACACACAACGUCAUGGAUUUGGGAUGAAUGUGCAUCUCCACCCCCCCCCCCCCCCACUGCCCUGGCCCUGCCCCCCACCCUGACUCUAAAGUUUACAACACCCCCUUUUAUCAAGACCCAGCGACAUCCACCUUCGUCCCGUUCUCCAUGAAGCAAAGCGACAAGCUGUUGUGUGGAACAUGCCCUUGCGUCCCCAUGCAGUCCCUCUCCGGGAGUUCUGCGACCUGAAGCUGUAUUCUUUUUUUUCUAAUUUAUUGGUGUCUCAUUUUGAACUAACAAAAUAAAAUGGUUAACCAAGA